CCCUCAGCCGUGGCAUGCGCGGUCCGUCGGCCUACCCCGGUUCCGUGCGGAAGCGGUGGCCGCGGAGGAUGCACCGCGCCUGAGUGCUCGCACCCUUCCCGCGCAGCGCCGCGCCCGCCCCGCCCCGUCAUGGAGGACAAGUACAGCGGGCAGGCCUUGGCCGGCGGCGGCGUGCUGGGGCCCGUGGAUGUGCCUAGCGCCCGGCUGAGCCGGUACAUCGCGCUGCUGUGCUUCACCAAGUGUUUGAAAGCCGUGGGGCUGUUUGAGUCUUACGAUCUCCUGAAAGCGGUGCACCUCGUGCAGUUUAUCUUUAUAGUGCAGCUGGGGUCUGCAUUUUUUAUGGUUUUGUUUCAAAAACCAUUCUCCUCUGGAAAAGUGGUAACCAAGCGUCAGUGGAUCAAAAUUUUUAAGCAUGCUGUUGUGGGAUGUAUCAUUUCACUCUUGUGGUUUUUUGGCCUUACUCUUUGUGGACCACUGAGGACAUUGUUGCUGUUUGAGCACAGUGAUGUGGUUGUGCUGUCACUCCUUAGUGUCUUGUUCACAAGCUCAGGUGGAGGACCAGCAAAGACAAGAGGUGCUGCAUUUUUCAUCAUAGCUGUAAUCUGCUUACUGCUUUUUGAUAAUGAUGACCUCAUGGCUAAAAUAGCAGAACAUCCUGAGGGUCAUCACGAUAGUGCUCUUACCCAUGUUCUGUACACAAUCAUUGCUUUCCUGGGUGUUGCAGAUCACAAGGGAGGAGUACUGCUUCUCGUACUGGCAUUGUGCUGUAAGGUUGGUUUUCACAUGGCUUCCCGAAAACUGUCUGUAGAUGUAGGUGGAGCCAAGCGUCUUCAAGCUUUGUCUCAUCUUGUUUCCGUCCUUCUUUUGUCCCCUUGGGUCAUUGUCCUCUCUCUGACAACAGAGAGUAAAGUAGAAUCUUGGUCUUCUCUCAUCAUGCCUUUCAUAACAGUCAUCUUUUUUGUUGUGAUCCUGGAUUUCUAUGUGGAGUCCAUAUGCUCUGUCAAGAUGGAAGCUUCCACGUGUGCUCGAUAUGGAUCCUUUCUUACUUUCAUUAGUGCACUGCUUUUUGGCAACUUUUGGACACAUCCAAUAACAGACCAGCUUCGAGCUGUGAACAAGCCACCCCACCAUGAAAGCACAGAGCAUGUUCUUUCUGGAGGGGUGGUAGUGAGUGCUGUCUUCUUCAUUUUAUCUGCCAAUAUCCUGUCCUCCCCCUCCAGGAAAGGGCAGAAGGGUACCCUUAUUGGCUAUUCCCCUGAAGGCACUCCUCUCUAUAACUUCAUGGGUGAUGCAUUACAGCAGAGCUCUCAGUCAUUACCUCGAUUUAUUAAGGAGUCACUGAAACAAAUCCUUGAGGAGUAUGAUUCUAGGCAGAUCUUCUAUUUCUUGUGCCUAAACCUGGCUUUCACUUUUGUGGAGCUCUUUUAUGGCGUAUGGACCAAUAGCCUUGGUCUUAUUUCUGAUGGAUUUCACAUGCUUUUUGAUUGUUCUGCAUUAGUGAUGGGGCUUUUUGCAGCUCUGAUGACAAGAUGGAAAGCAACUCGCAUUUUUUCCUAUGGAUAUGGACGUGUAGAAAUUCUCUCUGGUUUUAUUAAUGGACUUUUUCUGAUGGUAAUUGCUUUCUUUGUCUUCAUGGAAUCAGUGGCCAGACUGGUGGAUCCUCCAGACAUAGAUACAAAUAUGCUAACUCCAGUCUCUGUUGGAGGACUGAUCGUAAACCUUGUUGGUAUCUGUGCCUUUAGCCAUGCGCACUCCCAUGGGGCUUCUCGAGGAGGCUGUCACUCACACGAUCACAGCCAUUCUCACCAUGGGCACAGCCACAGCCAUGGGCACGGCCAUUCACACAGUGACCAUGGGCAUGGCCAUGGACAUUCCCACGGGUCAUCUGGAGGAGGCAUGAACACCAACAUGAGAGGUGUGUUUCUGCAUGUGUUAGCAGAUACUCUUGGCAGCGUUGGUGUUAUUGUAUCCACGAUAUUUAUUCAGCAAUUUGGAUGGCUCAUAGCUGAUCCGCUCUGCUCUCUUUUUAUUGCUACAUUGAUUUUUCUUAGUGUUAUCCCUCUACUGAAAGAUGCCUGUCAAGUGCUUUUGUUGAGGGUACCUCCAGAACAGGAGAAAGAUCUACAUGCUGCUUUAGAAAAGAUUCAAAAAAUAGAGGGAGUCAUAUCAUACAGAGAUCCUCAUUUUUGGUGUCACUCUGCAAGUGUUGUGGCAGGUACAAUACAUGUGCAAGUAGUAUCAGAUGUGAUGGAACAGAGAAUUGUACAGCAGGUUACAGCAAUUCUGAAAGAUGCUGGUGUAAACAACCUAACUGUCCAAGUGGAAAAGGAAGCUUAUUUUCAACACAUGUCUGGACUCAGUACCGGAUUUCAGGAUGUCCUUGCAAUGACCCAGCAACUAGAAUCGAUGAAAUACUUCAAAGAUGGUACUUAUAUCAUGUGAUACAAAGUUGUGUUUGCCAAAGGAGGUGUAAAUGGGGAAGCCAUACGAUUCCAUAUUCAUAUUUUUGCCGGGAGAUCUUGCACAUACAUGUACAGGAACAAAUGUACUAUAUAUUUGAGAUUUUUAAGCAUUCUGUCUUUAUUAAAAUUGCAUCAAGAUGCUUUUAUAAAGGAAAUAAGAUGGACUUGAAUAUUUGCUGUAUAUGUGAAAAUAAUGCAGAUCUUAACUACUGUACUUAGUGUUUAUUGAACAGGAGGCUUGCAACUUGUGGAUGAGCAUGGAUAUAUUCCAUACUUCCUCUUAAGUAUGGAACAUCAUGAUUAUCAUUUCAUGUUAGCAGUGGAAAAUGGAAACUGCAAAAUAAAUUCCAAUUUAUAUUGGAAUGCAGCUGAAAAAUACUUUUCUUUCAAACGUAGCAUGAAGACUCUGGGUGAAAAACAACGUUUAUUAUGGGGAGUAAAAACCAACAUGAAGUUAUGUGGUUUGCACUCUUUGGUAGAUAAUAUAAAUACUCAGUUUUUAUGUUAUAUUUCUGCAAACGGAUCUGAUUUCUAAACUUUAUUUUAGUGAGCAAAUAGAUGUUAUAAUUGAAAAUUUAUAUCAAAUUAUGUGUUUUAACGAGAGUAAUCUGCAGGUUAACAGCAAGAAAUUGGGAGGAGAGAAAGUUGCAGACACUUUUCUGUCUCCUGAGAAGACUCAGAAUCAAAAACACACCCUGUAAAAUAAUUUUUUUGUACUUUCUCUGUGAAAACUGCAAAUGCAACAGUUCAAAGCUUAAAGUAAUUAAUCAGUGACCAUCCUAGCACUCAGCUGAACUUCACCUCUUCAACAUACAUUACUGUGUUGUUGACAUGAUUUUUUUUCAUAAUACCGUAGCAGAGCUGCAGGUGUACUGUAGCCAGCUGUACCUUCGAGCAUUACCAAAGGAAGCAGUCCAGGUUUGGAAUGCUGAACUGUGACAGUAGUCUGGGGCUUGACAGGUUGCAGAAACAAACUAUAAAUUCAGACUUCUUGCCUGGAAAGAGAAAGAGUGUGUUUAAGAAAGAAUUGUGUGUGUUGAGGUCUUCAUACUGUGAAGAAAACAAAUCUCUGUCUUUAGUGAAAACCUGUCAACUGGGUAAUAACAUAUGUCUUCAGAGGUAGUUGCCCUUAUAUCUGCUUACAGUCUUCCUGUGCCCCCUUUUCUUCUUGUCUGAAGCCCUUAAAUAUUUCCCAUGGAAUUCAGCAAGUCAGUUCAGUGGGUAGUGAGAAUGAGUACAUCUUUCAUCCAUGUGCCGCAGCAGUCUUACUUUGUCAUACUGGUUUCUUGUUCUGGUAUUUAGGAUAUUUACCUGAGUAUCAUUAUAAAAGCCAGACUUGAUGUUAGUGGAAUUUAAGGGUAGACUGAUGUAGGAAUUACAUGAUCAGACCCACCAGCAGCGCAGUUUGGAAUGUCCUUGAGCAAUUUGGCUGCUCUUGUUUACACAGACAGUGUAGUUUCUUCCAUGACUCUCACACAAACAAGUUUACAUUCAAUUCUCUUCCUCCGGUGCUGUGUUAAACACUGUCUGCAGUACAGGACUGACUUGAAAAACUGUGCUCAGAAAGUUUCUGGAAGUUGCAUUGCUUUUGCAUAGAGUGAUGAACGUUGACUGCACAAAUCACAGUCCCUCAUUUCUCAGGGUAGUGCUGCAGAACCAGCAGAGACCCCAAUGCUCAAGCCUGUGUUCUUCCAAUUCUCACCUUUGGCAGUGGUUCUCCCACCUCACCUCCUCCAGAAGGCUCAGGUCACUUGAAUAACAAUACUGCAAUUACACUCAGCCUGUAAGCAGGGUAAUCUUUUGGCUUUGAAAACCAUUCUUGAACAAAAAGCUUUAGUUACUGUUUACAUGUGCCACUGGUGUUUGCCAUGGCGGGACUGGUGCUGGCAGCAUUUCACCAAAGCAAGCAGUAGCUCUGUGGGGAUAGAUAGGUGGUUUCUUCCUACCUUUUCAGUCUUCCUUUUUCAAAUCAAGUUAGCAUAACAUCACUGAAAAGCCUUCAUGCUCGACACAACUUCUCUGAGCAAAUGCUGAUUUCCUACUUCAGCUGCUAGCAACAGGACCACAAACAAAUGAAGGUGGCUGGGAGCUCAUUGGAUAGUCAUGGCAGUGAAGAUCACCUCAUGCCUGGAUACUUCACAGGCAAGUGAAAACCUGCAUCUUCACUUGCAUUCGGUAGCUCUUUCUGUGUGACCCCAGCACAUGCACAGUGGUUUUCCAGCUAUCCUGACAGAACAACAGCAAUGAGCAUUGUCUAUCUUAAAUUCGUUUUAGAAGAGCCUGUAUCUGGCAGUAAUCCUUCAAAGGAGGGUUUAGGCUUUCCCUCCCUGUGAGAUCUAUUAGAACUGUGCUCUAAGGGCAGGUUUUCAAAUCAGAGGUAUAGGCCAACUGAUGUACAUGUU